ACCUGACCUGUGACCUCAAAAGUUGAACUUUCAAGUACUUGAAAUACCCCAGCAACUGCUUGGCUGAUGGAGUUUAACAAACUUUGAUAUGUGCUUAAGACAGUCCUAGCUUUAUUCUGGUGCCCAAGGACCAGUGACAAUGGCUGAUGAACCUGACUCUGGGUCAAAGUAGAGGACUUGUUCCAUGCACUGAGAGUGAGACCUUUCUAACCCUUGCCCUUGGUUUUCACAAUGUUCACUGAUUUGGUGGACCUGCUUCACACAGACACAGUCCAGGGCCAUUUUUUGGCCGUCACCGAGCAGCCGCCCGCUGACGCCAGUUUCGUGCUGUGCCACCUCAUCAACCGAGCGCUGCGCGCGGGCGGCGCCGUGCGCGUACUAGCGCUGGACAAGCCGCCCGCGCACUACCGGCACCUGUGCGCCAAGUGCGGCGCCGACGUGCGCCAGGCGGAGGCGGCCGGCGCGCUGACCUUUGUGGACGGCGCGCAGCUGACGGCGCGGGCGCUGCGCUCGGACUCGGGCGCGCUGACGGCCGGCGGGCCGCUGCCGGUGCGGGCCGUGUUCGACCAGCUGACCGGCAGCGCUGACCGCAGCGCCUCCCUGCUGGUGCUGGACGACCUGUCGGCGCUGGCGGCGCUGGGCUGUCGGCCCGCCGACCUCCUGCUGCUGGUGCACAACCUGCAGCGCUGGUGCCGCCGGCGGGACGCCGCGCUGGCCACGCUCACCUCUCGGGACGCCGACGACCGGACCCUGUGUCAGCUGGCGGCGGCGGUGGCCGGCAGCGCCGACCUGGCCGUCACAGUGCGCGGCCUCAGCUCGGGUCACUGCGCAGAGGUCACGGGCGAGCUGGAGCUGCGGCGGCCCGGCGAGGCCGCGCUGCUCAGGCAGUUCAAGGCAGAGGACAGGAACGUGCGUGUGUUUGCGGCAGGAACAUCGCGGGCUGUGCUGUGAGACGGGGAAUGGACAAAGAAAUGAAUACAAAUGGACCAAAUCCGCGGACCUUG